UUUCCUGACUUCGCUGAAACAAGUGUUUUUCGAUUCACAAAUUCAGUCUUCAAACGAAACUUGGCCACUGUGGUAGAGAGAUUGACGAGCCAGUCUUGACGUGUCAGGGGCUCAUUGAAAUAAAACGGAGGCGGAAGCGGAAAUACAGCAGCUGUGUUUCUUCAAAGUCGGAGCUCUUCAACGUCAGAGUCAACAACCGCUGUCUGAGAGGGACAGUAGGGGAAAGUUAUAUAAUUCUCUGGUUGGCCUAUAUCUGCGGACAAAGGUCGCUGGCGUGCAUUUAGAUACACACACACACAAACACGUGAGCACUUACAGACACACACAUACACACACACACAAACACACAAGUGGACGAGAAAAAACGUACAUAGAGGUAUCGUAUUGCCAUGCAGGCAUAGACCACACACCGACAUUUGACACAUCAAAUAGAGACAAGUUCCUCUCAGUGAGAACUAAUUCUUCUACGAGGGAAUACAAUGUAUGCCGUUUGCUAAGACAAUUUACACUCGAUUUUACGCGCUCCUUCAGGGAAUUCUCAGCAACGGCCUGUCUCGAUACGUAAUAUAUAAAUAGUAUCAUCAACAACAAAAACGAGAUAGAAACCUCAAAUCAGCGGUAACUUGAGUAAAACAAACUGAUUAUUAGAAUCAUAAUAUUGGUCUCAUUAUUGAAAGCAAUAAGACAGGAAUACUUGUACAUUUUGUCUACUGUUGUGUUGAGACUGUCCCCGGAUCUAAAUACAUUGUUUCUCGCUGAAAAACUGUUGGCUCCUUAUUGUUGUUUGGUGGUUUUUGCGUGAUUCUGGACUACCCUGCAACAUUUCCGGAAAUACUGACAACUCAAGAGUGAUAUCUUCAUCCACUAGCCACUCGGCUUGCUUGAGAACCCGAACGCGUUGUCAAGACCAGUGCAGUUAUAUUGAUAGCUAAUUAGUAUGCAGGCCGCUAAGAUGGCUGUAAUAGUGCAAAGUGCUAUUUUCGUGAUGACGUCAUUGAUUCUUGUGUUCGUGGCGGGAAAAGAACGACAACAGCCGACGUCACAUGUGCACACAAGCUCGUCACGUGACCCACCCAGUACCCGUGCGACAAAGCUACAGGCGCCCCGUCUACAGGAAAGACUUACAACGGGUAUGUGUAACAAUGGCGGGCCACAGUACUACCCCAUGGGAUAGACACAAUUACCCCCCUUGGCCCUCUUAACCAGCAGAAAAAAGCAAGGGAGACAAAUCAAGCUGCAACUCACGUCUUUUGUCAGAACAGUGUGGGCUCUGUUUCGGACAGCGCUUCUGUCUUGGAUUCUAUUGGACGACGAGGAGAUUAGCUGAGGUGUUAAACAGCUGAAUAGGGAGUCUGUGUGGGCGGGAAAGCGAGAAGAGUAAAAUAUUCUCAGAGAGAAUUAACUUGUGUGUGAAGGCAAUCUUUUGUCUCUGGACGAAGCCCUGUUCAGAGUGAGACCCGCUGACUUUUUUUCUGUCUUCUUUCUGUAAAAAGCUUAAAUAGAAAUGAAGUGAGGAAAACGUAGAUAAAGUUGCCUAACGUAUAAUUUUGUUUACCUUUACAAUCAUGACCCAUUGUUGUAUAUAUAAUAUAAUAGCAGUGGGGUUGUUGUU